AUGGCCGCACGCACUUUGAGGAUAGGCCUUAUCCCCGGCGACGGCAUCGGCCGCGAAGUCAUCCCCGCGGGCCGCCGCAUCCUCGAAGCCCUGCCCUCGUCCUUCAACCUAAAAUUCUCCUUCUCGCACCACGAAGCCGGCUGGUCCACGUUCCAGAAAACCGGGGCCGCCCUCCCCGACGACACCGUCUCAGCCCUGAAAUCCGACUGCGAUGGCGCCCUGUUCGGAGCCGUCAGCUCGCCCACCGUACAAACAAAAGGCUAUUCGAGUCCGAUUGUUGCCUUGAGGAAGAAGAUGAAGCUAUACGCCAACGUCCGACCCGUCAAGAGCGUUAGAGGCGCAGCGCGGGACGUCGAUCUAGUAAUCGUGCGCGAAAACACCGAGGACCUCUACGUCAAAGAAGAAAAAACCUACACCGCACCGGACGGUUCCAAAAUCGCCGAAGCAAUCAAACGCAUUUCCGAAACCGCGAGCUUCAACAUCGCAGAAAUGGCCGGCGACAUCGCACUCCGCCGUCAACGCGUCCGCGACGCCGGCGCAAAGUCUAUCCACUCGUCGCCUCUUGUCACGAUCACACACAAGAGCAACGUGUUGAGCCAGACCGACGGCCUCUUCCGCGAAACCGCGCGCCGGGCGCUUCAGAACAGGAAAUACGGUGGUGUGAACGUGGAAGAGCAGAUUGUGGAUUCGAUGGUGUACAAACUGUUUCGCCAACCGCAGGACUACGACGUCAUCGUCGCACCCAACCUCUACGGCGACAUCCUCUCCGACGGCGCCGCCGCCCUAGUCGGUUCCCUCGGUCUCGUUCCCUCCGCGAACGUAGGCAAGGACUUUGUGAUUGGUGAGCCGUGCCACGGUUCCGCACCCGACAUCGAGGGCCAGGGCAUUGCGAAUCCCAUCGCCACCAUCAGGUCGACAGCGUUGAUGCUUGAAUUCAUCGGCGAGGAGGAGGCUGCGGCGAGGAUUUAUGAGGCUGUUGAUGCUAACCUUGAGGAGGCGAGGCUGCUCAGCCCUGACAUGGGCGGCAAGGCGAAGACGGAGGAGAUUAUCGAGGAUAUCUGCAGGAGGUUGUAA